AUGGCGAAGAGGCUCAAGGCGGGAGCAGCAUCCAAGGAGCCAGGCUCCUCCGACUCUCAACCUCCGGCGGACGCUGGUAGUGCUCUGUCUCGUCCCGAGCCUACUCUGAUGUCGUCGACGCGUGUCGAGGCGCCCCAAACUCAAGGGAGGGAAGGAGCCCCCGAGCCUUCCCGAUUAGGGGUCGAGGCGGACCCCAUCACCAUCAGCGACACGUCUGGUGCCCUCGAGGAGCAGAAGGACAAAGAGAAAGAGGGGGAGGAGCGGGAGCGCGAGGCGACACGGCCGCCACAGGAGCAGCAGCAGCAGCAGCAACAUCAGCAGGAAGAGCAGCAGCAGCAGCAGGAGCAGCAAACGCUUGAGGGAUAG